CGUGCGCUCGCGCAGUCUCUGGGAGGAACUCGCAGCGGCGCGGACGCUGCGCGAACCGUGUUCCAAAUUUGAAUUCGAGUAGUGAAGUGAGUGUUUCGGUUAUUAAGCUUUAAGAUCACAUUUCAAAAUGACGCCGCAAAUAUUAAAUUCGACGCAAAGUGUUUUAAAAGACACUUACGAUUACUACCUAUGGACACUAUCAUUGUCGGAUAACAGAACAAAAGGAUGGCCGCUAGUCGACUCCCCGGGUCCAACAGUAUUUUACACAAUGCUGUAUCUAUUCAUCGUAUGGUCAGGACCCAAACUCAUGAAGAACCGUCAACCAUUCCAAUUGACUUGGUUAUUAGUACCUUAUAAUCUGGCUAUGGCUGGUCUGAAUGCUUUCAUAGCCAUGAGGCUGCUCACGGCAUCUUUCCGAUUGAGAUAUAGUUAUAUAUGCGAGCCGUGCCGGCAAAAAUAUGACCCUGAUGAAUUACAAAUAGCAGAUGCAGUGUGGUGGUACUACUUCUCGAAGCUUCUAGAAUUCUGUGACACAUUCUUCUUUAUUUUGCGCAAGAAGGACGAGCAGCUGACCUUCCUGCAUGUCUACCAUCACUCCACUAUGUUCAGUUUCUGGUGGAUCGGCAUCAAGUGGGUGCCGAGUGGAUCAACAUUCCUGCCAGCCAUGGUGAACAGCGCCAUCCACGUUCUCAUGUACACCUACUACGGACUCUCGGUGUUCGGCCCCACCGUCAGCAAGUUCCUGUGGUGGAAGAAAUACCUCACAAUCCUUCAACUGAUCCAAUUCACAGCUGCGCUAGUCUUAGGCAUUAACGGCAUCCGCAUGGGCUGCGAGUUCCCCCUCUGGAUGCACUACGUCCUCAUCUUCUACAUGAUCUCCUUCAUCGUUCUCUUUGGAAACUUCUACAUAAAAGCCUAUCUUGCAAAGGGAAGCAAAUGUAUGGAGGUGAGGUAUGGCGAGUGCCUGGACGAUGAAGAAACAAUUGCAAUGAGGAAACUUAAACAAAAUUAAAGAAUAUCAUAUAUUCAAAAUUAUCUAUGAGAUAGGUACAAAUUAUAGCUCUCUGGCGGUCGACAAUUUUAUGUUAUUGUUAUAUUAAGGGUAAUUUAUUAUAUAUAAAUAUA